CAUCAGCCAUCACCCGCUUCCUCAGUAUAAUUUGCAUUUUUCACUCCUGACCUUCAGAGUCUCCAAUCAACCAAGACAGCUACCAAGAUGAAGUUCACUCUCCCCUUCGCCGUUGCGGCCCUCCUAUCCUCGCUCGCCAACGCAGCACCAUUCCCUGAUACAGAAAUCGGGAAGAUUCUCCCUUCUCGGGAGACCACCAGUGAUCUCGACAAACGUGUUGAGACGAGCGUGCAGACUCCCAAUGGUCUGUGGACCGCCACUGUCUACAAGAGCUUCAUCAACGACUACGAUGAAGGUGACACUGCCGUACAGGUCGGUGCUAAUAUCCGACUCUCAUUCUUGGCCGACAGCAGCCGCAAGGUGUCCAACAACAUCAAACUCAUCCAGUUUACCUACCCCCUGACACCCCACAACUGGCACGUAGACCGCGGCAGUGGUGCAGUAGACCCUUACCACGCGUGGGCCGAUGCCUCGGCCGACGCGCCCAAUACCGUCAUAGACGUAGGCGGGAUGGGAGACCUACAGAAGUACGUCGGCAAGCCUGCAGCCGGAAAAGGUAAUUCGCUUGGCCGGAACGGCAACACCGAGGCAUUCCUCAUCGACACGCCGCGUGAGUUGAUCCCCAUCCCCGAACCGGGCAUUCCGGGAAACGCUGUGUACACGACCUUUGCGUACGACAUUCAGAACUCAGAGUGGCUUGGCGGAGUCAGCUGGGGCUACACAGCUAGCAACCAGGGUGGUGUGGGUCCGUUGACCAUUAAUGUGUUCCUUUCUGAUCUGAAGCUGCGCGUUAAAGGGGCGCCUAACAGCGCUGAUGAGGAGUUGGAAGCGAUUAAGAAGUGGAAUGCCGAUACCAGCCAUGCGCCGGUCCCGGCGACUUCGUAGAGUUCAUAGUAUCUCAUGGGUUCGAACAAUAUCGUGGUAGACAGGAGAAGGGGGAAAUGGUUGGAGCAAAUUGUGGAGACAUAUAGCUAUUCAAUCAGGCACGAAAGUCAACAGAGUUAUACGCGCGAGACACUACAC